CGCUGUGACGUGGGGCUGCCCAAUGACGUCAUCCCCAUGGACUCCAACUCCCGGCAGCCAUCGCGCGGCUUCCUUCCGCUUACGUCAUCUGUGCGCGCCGCGCGCGGGCCGUGCCGCCGCCAUGGUGCAGCUCGGGAGCCGCCUCCUGAGGGGCCGCGGCGGCCACGUCAUCAUCCGCUUCGCGCUGGGGGGCUGCACCAACCGCCCGUUCUUCCGCAUCGUGGCGGCCAACAGCCGGCGCGCCCGCGACGGGAAGUACCUGGAGCAGCUCGGCUGCCUGGACCCGCUGCCCAACGCGCACGGCGAGAAGGUGGCGGGGCUCAACCUGGAGCGGCUGCGCUACUGGCUGGGCUGCGGCGCGCAGCUCUCCCGGCCCGCCGAGAAGCUCCUGGGGCUGGCGGGGUUCCUGCCGCUGCACCCCAUGACGGUGACCGGCGCCGAGAGGCUGCGCCGGCGGCGACAGCGCGAGCAGCAAACAGAGGCUGCGCCUGCGGACGGCUCGGCCGAGACCGGCACCGACACCGGAACCGGUACCGGAACCGCGCCCUGACACGGCCCGGCCGGGAGGGUCCCGAGCGGCCCCGGACUGCUCCGGCCUGGGACCUCUCCGGCCCGGGACUGCUCUCACCCGGUGCUGCACUGGCCCGGGACUGCUCCGGCCUUCCCGGGCCCGAGCUCUCCCGCCCUGUCGGUCCCAUUAAAGCGUUACCUCUGCACUCUG